GAGACUAUCAUAAGAUGGCGGAAGGUAUACUGACUGACCCUGAAGGAUAUUUCUAUCUAAUGCAGCUUUUGAGAAUAUAACAUGGAUCAAUUUAUCGCUUGAAUAUAGACAUCAUUUAUACCUAGGGCAUCCGAAUUUACAGAACAAUCAAGAUGGCAGAACACACGAAGCCCAGUAAUAUAGAUCGCAAUAUAGAAUUGUAUAAUGAAGCUAUGGAGCAGUUGAAGUCAAUUGCUAUACAAGUAGAAUCACCCGGAGAAUAUGUAGCUACACGGCUAGAAUCAGUGGCAUUGGAUGAUAUUAAGCGAGAACUCACGGGUUUGUUAGCGUCAUGCCAGUCAAAUGCUUCUGGGAUGUUGAUGUCACUAUUUGCAUCAGCGAAGCCUUACAAUGAAACUAUUGAGUCAACAAUAGAGGCGAUCAAACCCUUACGGCGUUUGCUUAAGGAAUCACUUACCAACCUAGACAUACAACGGGAGACAUUAAAGCAGACCAAAUGGGAGGCUAAACGACGCAUGUUCAGGUAUGUAAUGGUGGCAUAUGCUAAAAUGGCAUUAAUAACCCAUGUGGAUGCCAUCAGACACCUAGAUAACAUAGCUGAAGAAAUCCUUGACACCUUCAUGGUACAAUAUGACGAUGUCGCAAAGAUGCAGGGUACUGUCGUCCAAAAGGCAGUGGUAUUAGCACGCGCAAUAUCUAAACGCAUGGAAAGUGUGGAGUAUGUGCUCCGGGCACAUGAUAAGUAUAACAUCGCCACAAACUGGGCUGUAUUUGAAAUUGUCCCUAGGGAAUUGAAGCGCAUCCAAGGGUUACUAAAAAGUUCAAGGCAUUACGAAAUGGAACUGUCAAAAUACAUGGAGCAUUACUUAAAGCUGCUACAGGAAGUUGACCCGAAUGAGUACAAGCGCUGUUCUGGACUAUGUACCGAUCGACAAUGUUCUGAUGUAGAACGGCUGUUAUCCUUCGAAAAGCUAAUAGAGUGGAAUGAAUUAGAUCGUUUUAGGGACGAAUUUAAUAGAGAGCGUGCCGAGAGAAGUAUAGUCGAAUUCCAUCAAAGCUUAUAUCAACUUGUCUCAACAUGUGCUAAAACUACGAUGCAUAUACUCUUUACGUUCUACAAGGAACGUGAGAAAAUAAAUGCAAAUGAAACAUCAGAUAUCAUAGCGAAAGAAAAGAUUACAUCUGAUAUUACCACCUAUGUUACAGGGCUAAGCUCAUUGCUCAAGGGAGCUGAACAUCUACAGCAAGUGGAUGCCAAGGUAAAUAAUCCUAUCAAAGUACCCUUUGUUGGUAUGUAUAGGGAUAUAUUCGUCAAGCCUAUCAUGAACAUUUGCUUGAGUAAGCUAGUACAAAAGGAAGGUGGAGUAACAAUGAAAACACCUCAAGAGGAGGCAGUUAAAUUCCGUACCUUCGUGGAUGUAGCCAUUGAACAGUUGCUCCAUCCGAAACAAAGCAUACCAAUGCAACUAUUGAUCGACGUUACAAAGGUUACUGAGAACGAUAGUUUCAAGGUGUGUUGCGUGUUUGAUGCUAUAGCAGCAGAGCUGCUGUAUCAAUUCGAAAAAAGGUUUUCAGCAGUCUACUUCCCAAUCUAUCUAGACCGGUUCAUAGGGAACGUAGAGGCUUAUGAACGGCUGUUGGGACACAUUGAAAUCGCAGCAGGAGGUUAUCGCCACUACCUGAAGUGGCGCGGAUCCAAAAUACCUAAUGGUAUAUCAAGGUGCUUUAGCAUCGGCGUUGUGUGCGACAACUACAUUGAGGAUACGACUCAGGUGCUAUCACAUGAAAUCGCAAUAUCUAAUGGACCGAAUGGAAACUUGCAUGAGGAUGGCUGGUAUGCCUUCUACAUGACACCUUCCAUGGUGCUAUAUCGGCAAAUGAUGGCUUUGUGGAGCCACAGCAACUUCUUCUACCAUUUGUUGCAUAAAUAUCUGGUUGGCACAGCUGAAAUGAUUCAGGAAUAUAUCAGAUACGUGCAGAAGCAAGUGUCUGCAAUAGAAGCUGAGCCUGUCACUGAACCUACAGAGAUUACAAAGGCUGCGGAAUCAACGAAAAAUGCUGGAUGCAUCUUAAAUGACCUUAGUGCAUUACAAGCUGCCGUACAAACGGGAAGUGUGAAUAUGAUAAGCCUGGAAUUAUUGUAUGGCCCACUUGAGUCUCAAGAAGACGCAUACCAGGAGUACUUGACACAAAAUAGAUAUACUAAUGGAUACCUUUCUUCAGACCAGAGUAUGUCGAGCGACAGUACAGAUAAAACCAACCCGGGUAAUAAUCAAUCAAAGACGUCUAUCAAUGGUAGCAACCCUGAAUCGGAUGCAUCCGCUGUAGAAGUCUGUCAAAAUGGCACGUGCAAUAUAGGUAUAACACUGAAAAGUAAUUUGGAUGGUAAUGUAGUGAAAGCUGCAGUGCGCAAGUUGGAGUAUCCAUUGCAAGUGGCUUUUAAACGGCUAGUUUAUGCGCUUAGAUCGCUGGAUGAUGGUAUCACGUCAAUUGAACAAAAUAGCAUCGAUAUCCUAGCAUCAAUAUGGAAGACUCCCAGUGAAUUCGAAGAUUCGGAUCAAUUUAUAAUGAGUAAUGCAAAUGAUCUGGCGCAUGAUUAUUUCGAUAAAUUGACUAAAGAGGAUCGCAUGGAUAUUGUUAAACUUGUGUCAUUCACCAAGAGGGCACUACAGCUUAUGUACAACUUCUUCAAUAGUGCCCAUGAACAGAUUGAUGGCGUUAAGUAUACGCUGGAAAACUAUAUAAUAAGGAAUUUGGUAUCGAAUGCCAAGUGCAGUCUGCAAUUCCUACAGUCGUUACCAUCCAAAUUCAGAGCCAGUAGUAAACCAGAUGUAUCCAUACCAAGCAAUUAUGUCAAGUAUAUGCUAAUACCACUGCUGUCAUUCAAAGAAUUUGAAAGCACAACUAUACCGCAAGAAGUUACUCGAAAAAUAAUGACGCAUACAAUCUCGCAUCUAACAACGGACUACAAACAACAGGUAGUGAAACUUAUCCGAAACGUGGAUAAUCUCAAUCGCUCCCUGGGUGUAGAUAAAAACAUGAAAGAACAGGAAGCUGCCAAUCUAAUUGUGGACAUGACCUUAAUCAAAAGUCAACUUAUUACGGAUAUUGAAGAGUUUGUCAACCAGUGCGAUAUUAGGUUGGAUGUUCAUCGUAACCACUGCGAGGAUCUCCAGAUGCUCCUUCGAUGUGUCAAUGAUUUGACCUGUGAUAAUAAACAGUAAUGCCAUAAUAAUAUUGCCAACAUAUAUCUAA